GGCUGCAGAAUUGAAAACACAAAGGAACAGAAGAGUGUCAUUCAGCUCUCACGAGGCGAUCAUAUUUCUAACUCUUUCAAUUCCAGGAAACCCACCCUUCUUUGCAAUCAGUUGCUGACUUUGCGGUGAGAGAAAAGUGUUCGGAAUUUCCCUAGGUUUCUGUGAAUAUGGCGAAUAACUUAGCGCAACUGGUGGGUUCAGAAAUACAUGGAUUCCACACAUUGCAAGAUUUGGAUAUGCAGAGCAUUAAGGAGGAAGCAAGAACAAGAUGGCUCCGUCCCAAUGAGAUUCAUGCCAUGCUUUGUAAUUACAAGUAUUUUACCAUUAAUGUCAAGCCAGUGAAUUUGCCAAAAAGUGGUACUAUUGUAUUAUUUGACCGCAAGAUGCUUAGGAACUUCCGAAAAGAUGGGCACAACUGGAAAAAGAAAAAGGAUGGGAAAACAGUUAAAGAAGCUCAUGAGCACUUAAAAGUUGGUAACGAAGAAAGGAUCCAUGUAUAUUAUGCACAUGGCCAAGAUAACCCAAAUUUUGUCCGUAGGUGUUAUUGGCUGCUUGAUAAGAGUAUGGAACACAUAGUUCUUGUUCAUUACCGUGAAACACAGGAGUUACAAGGUUCUCCUGUCACUCCUGUAAAUUCACACUCCAGUUCUGUCUCUGAUUCUAUUGCACCAUGGAUUUUAUCAGAAGAAAUAGAUUCAGGGACCACGACUACAUAUGCUGACGUGAGUGACAAUAUAAAGGUCAAAAGUCAUGAACUCAGACUUCACGAGAUUAAUACACUUGAAUGGGAUGACCUAGUGGAUGCCAAUGAUCAUAACGCCUCUACUGAGCCUAAUGGAGGCACGAUUCCAUAUUUUGAUCAACAAGAUCAAAUUUUACUGAAUGGCAGUUUCAGCAAUGUAGCCAGCAAUCCAUCUGCAGGAACUCCUUCUUUUGAUAGUCUUACACAGCCAAUUGCUGGGAGCAACAGUGUUCCUUACAAUUUUGCAGAAAGUGUUAAUCUUCAGACGAUGGACAAUCAAGCAAAUCCAAAUGAGCAGAGAAAUCAUACUGUUUCUAUAGGUGGUGUUGAUUCCUUGGACACUUUGGUCAAUGAUAGAUUGCAAAGUCAGGGCAGCUUUGGAAUGUGGGUGAACCACAUCAUGUCUGAUUCACCAUGUUCAGUAGAUGACCCAACUCGUGAAUCAUCAGUUUCAUCUGUUUAUGAACCAUAUUCAUCUCUGGUGGUGGAUAGUCAACAAUUUUCUCUGCCAGAACAAGUAUUUACUAUCACUGAUGUAUCCCCUACAAGUGUAUCUUCCACUGAGAAAUCAAAGGUUCUGGUGACUGGAUUCUUUCAUAAGGACUAUAUGCACCUUUCAAAGUCCAAUCUGUUUUGUGUUUGUGGUGAUGUUAGCGUUGCUGCAGAAAUUGUUCAGGUUGGGGUCUACCGGUGCUGGGUAUCACCGCAUUCUCCAGGAUUUGUGAAUCUCUACUUGACCCUUGAUGGCCAUAAGCCUAUUAGCCAAGUUGUUAAUUUUGAAUAUCGCACUCCUGUUUUGCAUGAUCCUGCAGCUUCAAUGGAAGAGAAUGACAAUUGGAAUGAGUUUCGGCUACAAAUGAGGCUUGCUUUUUUGCUCUUUGCUAAACAACCGAGCCUUGAUGUUUUCUCUAGUAAAGUAUCACCUAAUAGGCUUAAGGAGGCAAGACAAUUCGCCCUCAAAACAUCAUUUAUUUCCAAUAGUUGGCAAUACUUAAUCAAGUCAACUGAAGACAACCAAAUUCCCUUUUCACAUGCGAAAGAUGCCCUAUUUGAAAUUGCAUUGAAAAACAGACUAAGGGAAUGGCUUUUGGAAAAAAUUAUUUUAGGCUGUAAGACUACAGAAUAUGAUGCACAUGGCCAAAGUGUAAUCCAUUUGUGUGCAGUUCUGGGAUAUACUUGGGCUGUUUCCUUAUUUUCAUGGUCAGGCUUGUCGCUGGAUUUCCGUGAUAGAUUUGGAUGGACAGCUCUUCAUUGGGCAGCAUAUUAUGGAAGGGAGAAAAUGGUUGCAACUCUGUUGUCUGUUGGGGCAAAGCCAAAUUUGGUCACUGAUCCUACUCCACAAAAUCCUGGUGGAUGCACUGCUGCUGAUCUUGCAUAUAUGAGGGGUCAUGAUGGCUUGGCAGCUUAUCUUUCAGAAAAAUCUCUAGUUCAGCACUUCAAUGACAUGAGCUUAGCUGGAAAUAUCAGUGGUUCGCUGGAAACUAGCACGGAUGAUCCAGUAAAUUCUGCAAACCUUACCGAGGACCAGCAGAACCUGAAAGAUACGCUAACUGCUUACCGAACCACUGCUGAGGCAGCAGCCCGCAUACAUGCUGCAUUUAGGGAGCACUCUCUAAAACUGAGAACUAAGGUAGUUAUGUCUUCCAAUCCAGAGUCUGAAGCACGAGAAAUAGUUGCAGCAAUGAAGAUUCAGCAUGCCUUUAGGAACUACGAGACAAAGAAAAUGAUGGCAGCUGCAGCUCGCAUUCAGCAUACAUUCCGCACGUGGAAGAUUCGUAAAGAUUUUCUCAACAUGCGUCGUCAGGCUAUUAAAAUCCAAUCUGCUUUUCGGUGCUUUCAAGAGCGGAAGCAUUAUCGCAAAAUUCUUUGGUCUGUUAGUGUGGUUGAGAAAGCAGUGCUGCGUUGGCGUUUGAAGAGGAAGGGCUUCCGUGGGCUCCAGGUCAAAACUGUCGAAACAGGAACUGGGGAUCAGGAUCAACAAAGUGAUGUAGAGGAGGAAUUCUUUCGGACUGGUAGGAAACAAGCUGAAGAACGUGUCGAGAGAUCUGUAGUGCGUGUGCAGGCUAUGUUCCGUUCGAAGAAAGCACAAGAAGAUUACAGGAGGAUGAAAUUGGCCCUUAACCAAGCAAAGCUGGAACGUGAAUAUGAACAACUUCUUAGUACUGAAGUUGACAUGGAACUGAAGACAUAGGUUACCCAAAGAGAGUCUUAGUUUUGGGGUGCAGUCUGUUUUUGUAUAUCCUGUGGAUCCUUGUACGUUACCCUUGACCCUUUCAGACUUCCUUAAUAUCCUAGAAUGGGUCAUUAUAUAAGUUUUCAUGUGUCGUUGGGCUCUCUAUGGUUGAAAUCUCUUAUGCAAAAAUCUAGUCUCAGCGGAAAAUCGGUGCCACCCCAAUGUUUAAAAUACAGAAUACUAGAAUAGUUUGGCUGCAAACCUGGUCUUUUACCUCAAUAGGUCCGAGGCAACCGAAGAUCAGCGCAAUAACAUUUUUUUUUUUAAUUUAUAGGCGCCAACACAUCUUCAAUAUUAGUCCAUAUGUACAGACACUUUUUGUUUCUUAAAUUAUCAUAUCCAAUAUCAGUGAUCUCUCUAGAUUAAUGGUUAAAAA